CGAAAAUGCGUGUCCCGAAGAUAUCCGAAGAUGUUCCGAAGUUUGACAGACGAGGGUUUGCGCAAUUGAAUAACAGCAACACUUGGUUUGUUUACUUGGCUGGCUUGCCUGGCGCGGACAAACACCAUCUACAUAGCGUGGAACCGAAACACAAAAUCAAAACAAAGCCCAAAGCCUUUGAAGAUGAGUGGGAAACAGCAGCCGAAAAUUCUGCUCAAAUCACGUCCCACGGACGAUUCGACUGCUGGCCCCUCAACGGGCCCGGCACCCAGAAGAACGCCCACGAUCCUGGCUAAUGCCGCUCCUCAGAUCGCUAGUUCGUCGAGGAGUGGCGAUUCCAGACACGGUAGUGGCUCAUCGAAACCGCUUCCCGUCACAACUGCACCCGAUCCGUACAGUUACACGCCCAUGGAUGGGUCGCUGGUGCUGCUGAAGAAUCAUAAUGCGAUCAACUAUCGGACGCUGGAUUUCCUGCACGAAACCAACCAAGACUACGUGGUCAUUGGAACGAUCGGGAUGCCCGGUGUUGGAAAGUCUACGGUGCUGAAUCUGCUCAACACGAACCUUUACUCGCCCGAGCAAAGCGACAAAAAGGCGGACAAUGUUUUUCCCGUGCACAGUGCAAUCAAUAUCGCUGGUGAGAAUGAAGUUCGAAUGCACAUCACCGACGAUCGUUUGAUUCUGCUGGACUGCUGUGAGCCAGUGUUUGCGCACGCUAGGAAAGACUUUAUCCAGCACGAGCAGGACGAGCUGAAGAAGCUGAUGAUACUGCUGCGCAUUUGUCACGUCAUCUUUGUGGUGCAGGAAGAAUACUACAACAUCCGGCUAAUGCGUACGCUCAUGUGGGCAGAAAUGAUGAUGCAGGUGCACUCGGAGCUACCGACAAAGCUGGUAUUCAUCCGGAAUAAGGUGAUUCCCCGCAGCGAGAACCACGAUCCACGGGAAAGGGUGAUCAAUUUGUACCGCCAAAUGUUCCUCAACACACCAUCGUGCUCGGUGACCAGCACUAGCUUCGGCGGUGAUUCCGGUGCUCAGGAGGAGGAAAUUUUUAACUACAUCGAAUUUCCCGUCCUACAAAAGGGCGAUAGCGUUGUUGUUACGGAGCACUUGAAAGAAACCAUACUGUUGCUGCGACAAAUUGUGUACGCCGGACGGGACACGAUAAUGGCGCACAACUGUUCGGAAAAGGCAUGGGGCCAAGCGUUGGUGAAGCUUAUCGAUUGCCCGGAGAGUAACUUUUUCAUCGACAAGUACGAAAAGCUGAAAGAAAAGUACAACCUGCACAAUCACGUUAAAAUAGUGGAACAUUCGUACCGUGAUUCGACGGGGCUACAUUUUGUGGAGUAGAGAAUAAUGGAUCGGAAAAGAAAUGUUGAGCUAUGUUUUGUAAAAAACGAAAA